AUGUCAACAGUGCAAGAAUACACUGUGGAGGCUGUAGCAGCCCACAAUAGCAGAAGCGACCUGUGGAUUAUCAUUCAUGGAAAGGUGUAUGAUAUCACCGAGUACGUGAGAGAUCACCCCGGUGGUGCAGAUGUCCUGAUUGAUGUUGCUGGGAUCGAUGCGACCGCCGCAUAUGAGGACGUCGGCCAUUCCAAAGACGCCAAUGAUAUCUUGGAAUCCUACUUGGUUGGCAAUGUCAAAGAUGCCAUCGGGUUCACUAAGCCUAAGGCUGUUCGGCUCAUUCCGCAAAAGCCUCAAACCACCCAAAACACUCAGAAGCCUCUUUCUGCUAUCGGAACUGCACUAGCACCUGGAUCUCUUGGGGGCGCACUCCUGUAUUACCUAUACUCUCGAAGCCGUGUUGAUGGUGAGGCGUUGGCGAAAGUGUCCCAGGUUUUAAGCAACUGGGGAUCUACGACUAGCCUUUCUCAUGGAGGAGUCCUGAGCGGGGGUUUUUCAAAGGGAUUUGUCGCUGCCACCCUUCUAUGUGCUACGAUCGGCGGUUUUGUUGGAACAAAACUAUCCAAAAUGGUUGAAAUUGACUCUGGAUUCACCAAAUAUCCCCCUCAUAUAAAAUCUCGCCUCGCCAAACAGCCAAAUCCACAUCUUCUCAAGGGAUACCUUGACCCGAAGGAAUACAAGGCCCUCCCCUUGGUUAAAAAAGACCAACUGGCCCCCAAUGUAUACCGCUUUGUCUUCCAACUACCGCGACCACAGGGUAUUGUUGGGCUUCCAAUCGGCCAGCAUGUUGCUAUUAAAGCUACUGUUGAUGGACAAGCUAUUGCUAGGUCAUACACGCCAACGUCGAACAACUUGGACUUGGGGAGGAUCGAGUUACUGAUCAAAUGCUACCCAGAUGGAUUGCUUACCGGGAAAUAUUUGGCUAAUCUGAAAGUGGGUGACCAAGUUCAGUUCCGUGGCCCUAAAGGGGCAAUGAAAUAUCACAACAGUCUCUGUAAAAAGAUUGGGAUGAUUGCUGGCGGGACUGGAAUUACCCCGAUGUACCAGCUCAUUCGCGCCAUCUGCGAGGAUGAUGCUGAUACAACGGAAGUGAGCCUAAUCUAUGCCAACCGUACUGAAGAGGAUAUUCUCUUGCGGCAGGAGCUAGAAGCAUUUGCCCGCGAUUACCCUAGAAACUUUAAGCUCUGGUACAUGCUGGAUCACCCCCCAAAAGAUUGGACCUACGGAAAAGGUUAUGUGACCCCCGCUGUAAUGGCUGCUAAGCUCCCUGGAUCAUCUCCUGAUACAAAGGUUAUGCUCUGUGGUCCGCCGGGUAUGGUUAACGCGUCGAAGAAUGGUUUGAUUGAGAUGGGAUUCCAGGCUCCUGGACCGAUUUCAAAGAUGACUGAUCAGAUUUUUUGCUUCUAG